AUGGAACGAAGUGCAUCCCCAGUCUCCAACACGGGAUCGUUUGGAACAGGAUCGUCCCCCCAUUCUUCACCAGUUCCCGAAGAAGAUGCUGCACCGAACGAGCAAGGGAGGACAAAGAAGACAAGGAAGAAACGAAAGACAACACCAUUAGGGGAAGAAGUUAUCGACGGAGAUCAGAGCCAUCUUCGGAAGCCAAAAAAGGCCAAAUCACGUCGAAAGGAAAAAGGAGAAGAAGGUCGUCCUAAGAAGAGUCGGAAACAGUCUAGGAAAGGCAUUGUUUCUGAUCGCGACGCUGGUUUAAGUCCAGCUCAACUUGCCGUGAACGAGCAAAUGCGACGUGCAUUAGAAGAAGAUCAGUAUUCCGCAAAUGGUUCUAUCGUUGAUACAGAUUCCGACGAUGAUGACCACCAGCACACUUACAAAGGUCAAUCCAUCCGAUUGGAUAGAAAUCAUCUCAUGCAGGCCGCACGGAAGCAUCUCUGGUUGGAACGUGUUAAUGGUGGUAGUGCUUCGACUGGAUCGGGCACUGAUGAUCCUGACGGAAGGCGUGCUGGACGCAAGAAAAAGAAGAAAGGAAAAAGAUCGAAGGACGACGAUUUCAUUGGCGCCUUGCCCUCCGUGACAGGUGACGUUGACCAAGACACGAGUAAUGAAGAGAGCAAUGUCGGUUCAGUUGAAAAGGUAUUUGAGAGGGACGAAAGCUCCAUCUUUGGACAGACUACGGGCAGCAGCAAUUCCACCUGGGUAGAGUGCGACAAAUGCGGAAAGUGGCGCCGUCUUAGGGGUGUAGUCGAUGAGAGAAAGCUACCACCAAAAUGGUACUGUUCGAUGAACAAGAAUGAUCCUGAACGUGCCAAAUGUUCUGCACCAGAGGAGGAAUAUGAUGCAUCUCACACUCCUGAAAGCGCUGCUGAUUCCCGCAGUCGGAAACAUCUUAGAGUAUGGGUCAGACGAUUGCAAUGCAACGAGGCGUAUGAGUCUAGGCAGCCAACCCUCACGAGAGGAAAAAAGCGUGCUGCUGCCUCAAGUUCGAAGGACCCCUAUGAGUGGAUCCGUUGCUGUAAUCCAUCUUGCGGAAAGUGGCGAGCGAUUCUACGAAUCAUGGAUGCCAGGUCAAAUGUAAUUGAAAGGUGCAAUAAUGGUGAAUGGUAUUGCGUUAUGAACACAUGGGACGAAAAAACUGCCAGUUGUGCAGCACCACAAGAAAAUCUUCCUGCUGUCGGAUGUCCUCCUUGGGUCAUGCAAGAGAUAAACUGA